AUGAAUAAGAAUAUUUCUCGCCCUGUAACUCCUGUCUCUCCUCCUCUCAUUUUAAAAGACAAUUAUCACCAGCCCAGUAGUAAUAAUAAUAAUUUGAUUUCAUCCUCAACCACAAACACAUCCGCCAGCAACAACAAUACCACAACAACAACAACACCAACAGCACCAACAGCAGCAGCAGCAGCAUCUAACAACAAUAAUAAUAAAAUUAAGAAAACACCUCGCUCUCGAGGACGUCGUGUCUCUAAUAUUCCGGGAUGCAAUUCUCGUAUGUUUACAUGUAAGGCGGAUUCUUGUGGUAAAGUAUUUAAAAGAUCCGAGCAUCUUAAACGACACAUCCGCUCUAUUCACACCCUGGAAAAACCUUUUGAGUGCCCUUAUCAUAGCUGCAACAAGAGAUUCUCAAGAUCAGACAAUCUGAACCAACACAUCCGUAUCCAUAGACACAGCAGUAAUAGUGCAACCAAGGAAACCAUGUUAAAUAAGCCAUCAAAGCAACAACAACAACAACAACAACAGGCAUCGCCUUCAUCUAAUACUGCUAUUCAUCAUCAUCAUCAGCAGCAACAACAACAACUCCAUCAUCACUUUAAUAGUAAUAAUAGUACUUUUUCCAAUUUUAUUUAA